CGCAACCGCCUCCCCUCUCUCGCCGAGGUCCUCCGCCGCAGCACCCGGCCCCCAGUCGACCUGUACUGCUUCUACCUCUUCCUCCAACGCGAAGGCUCCGAGGACACGCUCGACUUCUGGCUCGACGUCCAGCAGCACGAGAACCUGUGCCGCGCCUACUUCUCCGACCUGCGCAAGGCCGGCCGCACCGUCGAGGACGACUGGCCCCAGUACCACCACCUCGCGACGACCAGGGGCAGCAUCUAUGGCCACGUGACGGGCAUCCGCCGUGGCGACCCGCUCCGCGACAGCGCCGGCAAGGCGACGACGACGACGACGACGGCGAGCGACGACUACGACGGCGAGCGGUACGCGCGCCCGGGCUCGCCGCCCACCCCACGCACGCCGUCGUACCCGCUCUCGCCGACCCUGCGCGCCCUGUACCCGGACGAGGACCCCUCGUCCUCCUCGCCCGACGCGCACGCCGGCGGCACCCUCUCGUCCCGUCGCCACAAGCGCCAGUCGACCACGACCCGCGGCGGCGCGACGACGGGGGGCCGCGCGCAGCCCGUCAUCGCGCGCACAGCCGCCAUCUCGCGCACCGACCUCAUCGCGUCGGCCGAGCGCAUCUUUUCGCGCUACCUCAUGCCGGGCGCCGACAAGGAGGUGUACCUGCCCGCCUCGCUGCGCAUCACGGCGUUCCCGCUCAGCUCGAGCGUGCUCCCGACCGUCGCCGGCGCCGGUGGGGCGGGCGGGGACGGGGCGUACGACCGCGAGGCGGCCGAGCAGGCGCGCGUCCCGGACAUGUUUCACGCGCAGAAAGAGUGGGUGUACCGCGCGCUCGAGGGCGACGCGUUCCCGCGCUUCCUGCGCGCAAAGGCGUUCGGCAACCUGACGCCGCUCGGCGGGGUCGCGAGGCUCGUCGUUGGCCUCGUCGCGCUGUGGGCUGCGCUCGCGACGGCGUUUGCGUUCAUCUUGCUCGAUGCAAAGCCCAAAGUUCGCAGGCUGUGGGUCAUCCUCCCGUUCACGGUCGCCGUUGUCAACAUUGUCGCGCACGCGUACGACCUCGACCCGCUCAUGGUCUUUAUGGGCCUCACCGAGACGGUGCGUCGCCGUGCUCUCUCU